AUGGCUGUUGAAACAAAAAAGCAUGAAGAUGGGCUGGAGCAGGAUGGUAAAGCUGGAGAAGUCAGUUCGGUGUGACAGUUGUACAAAAUUUCAAUAUCAUAGUUUGACUUGACCCAAACCCAAUUUAAAAUACCAUGAGAGACAUACAUGUACAGUGUAUGACCCAUUUUGACUAAUUUCUACAUUGAACACUGCCUUGCCUUGGGUCAAAAAUUUGAAAAUUCUUGAUUGUUUGUUUUUGGUAAAAAAAAAACCUAGAAGAGAGGUUUUGGAAUAUUCUUGAUGAAAAAGAAUUUUUAGACAAUAAAAAAUUUGAUUUUACAUACACUGUAGUCACCGUAUUGGAUUAGUUCUAAAGGGGUUACCCAGGCAUGCUGCCUUUUAGUCAAAAAUCAUUGUUUUUCGGUAAAACUGCCUAGAGAAAAAGGGUUUCUUGAUGUUCUACAAAGAAAAGAAGACAAAAUAUUGAUUUUACAUAGUCACUUGAUUGGAUUUCUUCCAAAGAGGUUAGCUCAUGCUUUUAGUAAAAAAUUGAAAUUUCUUGAUUGUUUGUUUUUAGGUACAUGUACAAAAGCCCUAGAGAAAAGGUUUCUUGAAUUUCUAGAUAGAAAAGAGGCCUUUUUAGAACUUGAAAACGCUUGGGCCUUUACGUAACCAGAGAGUUAAUCUGAAGACAGACUCCAUAACUCUAUAUUACAGGAUACUGAAAUUUGUCCCUCAAAGACCGCAAAGACUAAAAGAAAUACGCAUCGUUGAACAACAGCCAUAAUAACUGCCACAGAAGUUGCAUGAACAGAAUAUUUCAACAAAUACAUAUGAUCAGAUUUAUGGAUCUUUGUGUCCUACAGGACACAUAUCAUGAACAAGUUUGUGUCUUUAAAAUUUUAUGCAUCAGGGAUGCAGGACCUAGAGGUACAGUUGUAACAAAAUCACUGCACUGACCAUGGCAAGAUGGACCUAGAAAUGAGUUGAAUACCCACCAAGAGCUUUACUUGAAAGACAACGCACAUCUCAGACACUUGAAGACUCCACUAACAUACACUGUACAUCUACCACUGUGCUUAAGCCUGCCAGAAAAAUGGAGGAUGACUGAAUGCCUGAAGACAUCCUCGAUAGAGAGCCUCCAGUUAGCUGGCAAUCUGUUGGCUGUUUGCUGUUUCAGAGGGGGUACCUGUAAAAACAAAGGAAGCUACAGUGCAGGCCAGAACUAAGCGAAUUAAAACUGAUGCAAUGGACGCAUCAGCUCGGAUGAAGGCACAUGUCAGCCCUAACGUGUCAGGAAGCGCUAACGUGUCACUGCGACAGUGCUUUGCGGUGCAUUGUUGA